UGCCCCAUCGUUGGUGUCGGUGGGGGGAGGAAUAGUGCCCCAUUCUUGGUGUCAGUGGGGGGAGGAAUAGUGCCCCAUCGUUGGUGUCAGUGGGGGGGAGGAAUAGUGCCCCAUCGUUGGUGUCAGUGGGGGGGAGGAAUAGUGCCCCAUCGUUGGUGUCAGUGGGGGGGAGGAAUAGUGCCCCAUCGUUGGUGUCAGUGGGGGGGGAGGAAUAGUGCCCCA